UGUAUGAUGUUGAAGAAGAAGAAGAAGCAGUGUAAAUAAAAAAAAAUUUUUUUUCUUCUCUUCCUCUUUUUCCCUCAUGUCAUUACUAUUAAACCUUUUUUCUCGAUUAACAUGGUUACCUAAACAACCACUGCUUAGAACCCUGACAACGCCAACACAAAAAAAAAAAAUUGUCCUUAAAGAUGAGGAUCUUAUUGAAACGUUUGUCAAGGGCUCUGGACCAGGCGGACAAUGCAUAAACAAACGCUCCACAUGUGUUGACUUGCGGCAUAUACCUACCGGAAUCCGUGUUCAAUGUCAGCAAUCGCGAUCGUUAGCUGACAAUCGAGGUAUUGCGCGCAAAUUACUGAGAGAGAAGCUAGACGAACUAGAGAAUGGAAGCCUGAGUAAGAAUGCUAAAAAAGCAGCCAAAAUAGCCAAACAGAAAGCACGUCGAGCAAAAAGAGCAAAAGAAAAAUACGGCAAACCAAAUGGAGAAUCAGAGCAAAUACCUCCUGGGCAGUAAACAUAUGAGAGAAAAUGAUAUCAUGUCGUCUUGCACUUGUGCUCAAGUAAGUUUCUGGACCUCUUUUUUUUUUGAAUAAAUUAAACGUUAUUGUAAACAACCGUGCUACCGAUCACUCUUUCAUAUAUAGAAAAAAAAAAAAGAAGGAGAGAAAGGGAGGGUAACCAUUCUCAAGUAUUAAACUUGAUCUUCUUGCCUUACCAAAAACAAAAAAAAAAGUGUACAAAAGGACACCAUACAAACUUGUACUGUUUUCUUUAAAAGGCUGUUUUGUAUUCGGAAGGUGCACGGUCCAAGUAAAAAGAAAAAGAGGCAUCGAUAUACCUUUAUUCUCCUGUUGUUUGUUCUCUUUCAAUCAUCCUUGUUCUCCUAUUUUCAUCAAGC